ACUAUCAUACAAAUUGAUAUUCAUUCUACGCGUUGCUCAAAAAACAAUUCAAUCUAAGCUUAUGAAGAUGGUGAAGAACCAGCAGUUGGUCUACAGCUGUAUUCUUUUGUUCAUCUGUUUGAUUGAUUUAAGCAAUGCAGCUCGCAGUAAUCCCCCUGACGAUGUUUUGGAAUGGGUUCAAAAAGAUGAUCGCCGUUUCCUGCGUGCCAAUAUCAGAGUUGGUGAUCUUAAUCGAACCAUUAAGUUUUACACCGAGUUUUUUGGGAUGGAAGUGUUGAGCAGAAAAGAUUUUCCAAAAGUAAAUAUCUCAAAUGCAGUCAUUGGGUUUGGAUCUGAAGAGACUCAAUUUGUUCUGGGACUCACCCAACACCACAGUGCAGUUGACAAAUUGGAGCUCGGAACAGCCUUCCAUCAUUUCGGAAUUACAACUCAAGAUAUUUAUACAAUGGUUGAAAAAAUUCGAGCGGCUGGUGGGGUGAUCACUCGUGAACCAGGGCCAGUUGCACCCGGCGGCACUACCAUCUACGCCUUUGUGAACGAUCCCGAUGGCUACAGUUUCGAGCUCUUCCUCAGGCCGCCAACUCCAGAACCAAUUAAUCAUAUAUGUCUUAAUGUGGUUGACAUUGAUCGUUCUAUUGACUUCUACCAAAAGGCUUUGGGAAUGAACUUACUAGUGCCAAAGUACAACAAUACUCAAGAGCAGUAUACUGUAGCUAUGGUGGGCUAUGGAUCCAACUAUACUCAGACGACCGUCAUCGAGCUGCAAUAUAACUAUAAUGUGACAGAUUAUACCAAAGGAAAUGGAUAUGCACAGGUUGCUAUUGGCACCGAUGAUGUAUACAAGAGUGCAGCAGCUGUUGAACAGGUUAUCCAGGAACUUGGUGGGAAAAUAAUUCAACCACCAGGUCCAAUUCCAUUUAUCAAGACCAAAAUCACUGCAUUCCUUGAUUCAGAUGGCUUUGAAACGGUGUUGGUGGACAAUUAAGAUUAUCUUAAAUAUCUGAAGGAAGAGUGAUGAAGCAAAAUGCCUUGCAUUAAUUUGGGUCUUGCUUAUGUACGUUUUUCGAUUUGAAUUAUAGUUUUUAUAUUCAUUGAACUAAUUUUAUUGAAUAAAGGGCAAUUUAGUAUUUUGA